CUCUGCAGAAGAGAGAGAGAGAGAGAGAGAGAGAGAGAGAGAGAGAGAGAGAGAGAGAGAGUUGCCAACAUAGUUCGGGCAGUUCAAGUUGUUGGAACUCGUAUGAGGCAUUGUUCUCACUGGCCCUGAAUCAUGAGGAUUAUUGCAGUUGCCAGAUCCUUUCGUGCUCGUUACAUGCUGCCUAAAGCAACUGGUCAUUUGCAAGUUCGUGCGUUCCAACACGAUUUUGUUCCGAGGGAGCCUAAGUCGAAGCCGAUACGGUACAAAUAUCCGGAAGUUUAUAACCCCUAUGGUCCUAGACCCCCACCCUCCGAUAAGAUUGUUCAGCUUGCUGAAAGAAUUGCGGCACUGGCUCCUGCAGAAAGGAGUCAACUUGGUCCUGCACUGGUGGAGAGCCUAAAGCUGCCGCAGUUUCAGCCCAUUUCAGUGGAAGGGGUGGAUUUAGGUCCACAGGGAGGGGCUGCUGGUGCGUCAAAGGGUGAGGAGAAGAAGGUUGAGAAAAUUGCUUUUGAUGUCAAAUUGGAGAAGUUUGAAGCGUCUGCGAAAAUCAAGGUGAUCAAGGAAGUGCGGGCUUUUACCAGUCUAGGAUUGAAGGAGGCGAAAGAUCUUGUCGAGAAGGCACCUUGUGUGCUCAAACAAGGGCUUACCAAAGAGGAAGCAAAUGACAUGAUUGAGAAACUAAAGGCUGCUGGAGGAGUUGCUGUUAUGGAGUAAUAUUCUAGUUGUUUUAGCGUUUGGCUAGUUUAUGCCCCUCAAAUGAGCUGCAUUAUCGUUUCUGGUCAGAUGAUAUAUGGUAACUUCGUUGCAGCCUUUAAUGAAUUAGAAUGUAGGAAGUAAUAAUUGUGGAUCUAUAUUUUUCAUUGCUUGGUACAAACUAAAUCAUGUAGUUCAGACUGCAAGGUUUCUUCAAGUCGUUAAUGUCAUUGUCCGCUCCAUAAGUAAUGGGAAUAAGCUUAUAGACCCUUAAACCAGGAUGAGUGGAUGCAGAGAAAACGAUUUUAGUGAUUGUGAGCAAGGCAUGGACAGUGAAAACAUGUAUAAGAUGUUAUUGGAGGAACAAUGCUCGACGGUGGAUAUAAUUUAGGUCUCGAAUGGGGAAGUGGCAAUGCAGGAAACCUUCUUUGAACUUUCAAGGGCUAUUGAUCAUAUCAUUUUCCAGCUACAGAUAUAGUCUGCGGAAU